UUGUAAGUUUUCAUUUGAUGAAAUAAAAAAGGAGUCAGGUGGGAUUUUUUGUUUUAUAAGCAAACAGAAAGCCUGACGGAAGUGGCCCGUUUUGAUCAGUUUAUCAUUGAUAAGCAAUAGUCAUGUGGAGAAAGUCAGAACACACAUCACGCCACUGAUGUAGAAAAAGAUGGCUCGAUAAAUAAAUUGUCCACCCACCCUCUGCUCUAGUACGAAUAGUCUGUGGGUUAUUAUUGAUGUAACUGGUAUAGAAGGUAGAGUGAAGCACUGGGUAGUAGAUAUUUUCAAUUAGCAGUCUAUGUUCCCAGUAAAGGUAUCAAAAUUUUGACGAUUGUUGUAUGUCUUAAAGAAGUAAUUGAUUAUUUUAACUAAUAUUUAAAUAAAAAAAAUUAAAAUACAAACUGACUCGGGAAAAAAGUAUGAUUCUUAUUGGUUUGAUAUCGGUUUAAACCAAAAACACGAACCCAAUUCCCAGCCUAAUGGCUACUCGGCUUUGAGGACUUCAAAAGAACGAAGCAGAGAGACUUGAUAUAAAACUGAAGGAAAAAUUGCUUUUUGAAGAAGAAAAUUGUAGGAUGAUGAGAUUGGAGAACAGUCCAGGGUGAGAUAGAGGAAACACCAUGAUUCGAGUCAUUUGUUGGGACUUUUGGGAGGAGGGUACAUGUACGAUAGCCCGAUACAAGGUUACUAGCUAGAAUUAUGUUUUUUUUUUUUUUUUACAAUUAGAACUAAAAUUAUGAUAGAGUAGUGAAUUAUGUACACUUUCCGAAAAUAAUAUUUAAUUUUCACCCUCCAUAUAAAAGCUUUGGGUUACAGGAAUUUCUCUUGAGGAUAAAAUUAUAAUCACUUUAGGUUCUGGACUAAGAACGCUAAAACAUACUUAGAAGUUAGAAAUUUUUGGAAGAAAGAAGGAGAAUAUGGUUGAUGAUAUAUGACAUCAUGCACUCCACACAUAUAUUUAUAGGGGCCGAAUCCAUGCAUUGUUUCAUGAAAGGUUGCAUUAUUCAUACGAAAAGUUGUCUUUAUCCAUACAAAAAGGUUUCCUUUAUCCAUAUGAAGUGUUGUCCUUAUUCAUAUGAAAGAUCGUCUUUAUCAAUUAGGUCAUCAUUAUCCAUAAGAAAAUGAAACCGUCACUAGACCAAAUGGAUGUGUCCCUUCAUGGAUUUACAAUAUUGGUUCGGUCGGUUUAAUCACACACCAGUUUGUCGAUCCAACCCAAAAUCGGUUUAACUUGGUUAGUCAGGUUCUACCAAAUUUCCAACAUUUCUCCCCCAUUUUAGUGUAUUCAUAUAGUUCACUAAAAUCACAACAUUUAUUGCAUAUUCCUCCCCCAUUUUAGUGCCUUUCAAGUCGUUGUAAUUAUUGUGACUUAAAACUUUGACUAGUAGGUUUAUUGUUCGUAAUGGUUAUAGUAUUGAAUUACGUAAUAUUGCAUAAUAUAUGGUGUUUGUACAUAAUGAAUUUAACACAAAAUCACAUAAGGUAUACAAUCAUUACGAAAUCUUUACGUCACAUAUUUCUUAAAGUAUUAUUUAACAAAUAAAUAUCACUAUUUUUUUGGCCCGCACUCUACAACGUAUAUAACUCAUUGUAUCUAAAACUUCAUGACCCAAUCACGAGUAGCACGUUCUUAUUGGCACAACGAUGGCCAAUCCUGAAACGCUCAUCAUAAUGGAAGCAGAGUUCUUCCGCCCGGUGCGUGCUACCUCCUUUGGUGAUAUCCUUCGUGCACUAGGGUUGCAUGAUGGUGGUGCAGGAGGUUGUUCAAGUGCUCCUUCGGCUGUGGUCUCCAUCAUUGCCCUUGGUGAAAUCCGCUGCGCUCUGCAAUGCUUCCCUAGUUUCUCGCUCUUCACUUUGGCGAGUAGUAUCGCCUCUCUCACCGUAUCUGGCUUGAACAUGCACACCACUGAAUGAGCCCACUAACGACUCCUCCGUCCAUCAACAUUGAUUGCCUAAUCUCUCGAAAGCUAAGAGAUAAUCGCUUAAGUAUCUGGUUUAUUUGAUCUUGGGGAGAGCUUCUCGUCUCGAUGUCCUCUCUGACAGACCAAAUCUAGCUUAUAACCAUGGUAAAGGAAACCGUACCGGACAUCAUACCGGAUUCCUUUCUGGUAUGGUAUUUUGUGGUACGACCGUGGUUCAACCGUUUUGUACUGGAAAAUAUCGUUUUUCACUAUUGAUAGAGAAAUGAAAUGCGAUAGUAUAAAAAAUAUAAUCCAUCAAAAAAAGAACCAAAUAGAGCAUUAUACAACCACGGUGACCCAUUUUCAACAUAGAAAAAUAGCAAAAUAAUAUUCUUUUUUAAUUAUUUUCCACAUAUUGGACGAGAAUACGUAGAAAUGAAGCUGAAUCAUAGACCAGGAAACCGGUUCGUACCGGCCGGUUCAACCGGUCAAACCGAAAAAACCGACCGGCACGGUAAAAUCAGCACAAUCAGCCCACCGUACCGCUUUUGGUCCAAUUUCCGGUUGAACCGGUUGAACCGGCCGGUACGAUCCGGUUACUGGUCUAUGCUUAUAACUCCUCACGAAAUAGGGCUCAUGUCAUCAACAUCCCCGUCGUAAUGUAGGUACAGUCCACCCAUUGCCACCAUUGGUUGGCAUCUCCCCCCAUAUGAUAAGAUGCUAGUAGUACCUUAUUCUCUUUUGGCGUAUUCAAAAUUUGAAAAACUUCUCCAAUUAAAGAAGCAGAACACGACCAAGUGUGGCUCGUCUCCAGGUUGUCUUAUUUGUAUUUUGGUCAAAGAUGGAUAUUUUUGCUCGAGGAGUCCAUUAAUUAUUAGCUUAUACAAGUAGUGGUUGUUUUCGAUCUUCAUGGCUUGGUAGUUUAAAGCUUCUUCUUAUAUUACACUCAGAACUCAUGUUUUCGACGUCUUUUUAUUUUAUUUGAACAUUUUUUUGACGCUCAUUUGCUUCAGUACUUCAAAUGUUUGUGACAUUAAGAAAGUAUCCUUCGAAGGUUUUUCAUUAUAAAAAUAAUUUUUGCUUGGAGAUAUUUGCGAGGUCACCACAUAAGCAAAAAAUACAAGCUGGAAUUCAAUAGCAGAAUUCAAAGUAUGAUAUAUCGAGAACCAAUAUAAUCCAUGACAUUUGAUAGGAUACAACAAAACUCAUGUUAGAAAGUCAUUAAACUAAAGGAGCUCAUAUAAAAAAAUUAAGAAAAAAAUACUUACUCAUGACUGAGAUUAUGUUGAAUAUUGGAUUUUUAAAGUUAAGUUCAUGUCGAUAGGUGUGGGUAACGAUUCGGUCUACCAAAUUUUUAACUAAAUUUAUAUGUGAAACGAACUGAAUACAUUUUAAUUAUGUUU